CAACACAAAUUGAAAGUUGGUAGUACUGAUUACACAUCAUAACGUGACGUUGACAUGUUGUCACUGCUUGUAACAUAUACUUAACUUGUGUUAUUUGAUUGCUUCAUUGACAGUUCUUUUUGCAUGAUCUACUGUAAUCUUUGUUGCAAAAAUAUCUUAAUUAACCGCCAAAAUUGAGAAUAAAAUGCGAAGAAGUCAUACAAAUUAUUCUUAUGAACCUUUACCAACUACAUCAAGUCAUGAUGGCUUGGAAGAUGAAAAUGAAAGAAUGACAGAACAUUUAAAAGAUAAAAUUUAUGCUUUAAAAUCUUUGUCAAUUGAUAUUGGACAAGAAGUACAAUAUCAAGAUAAAUUACUUCGUGGAAUGGAUGAAGAUUUUGAAAGGACAAGUGGUUCAUUAACAAAUUCAGUUGCACGUGUAUUGCGUUUAUCCAAAGGAAGCCAUACUUAUUAUAUUUUGUAUUUAAUAUUAUUCUCUGUAGUUGUUUUUUUUAUAUUAUGGGUAACAUUGAAAUUUUUUUAACUAAAAUAUAUUUUGCACAAAAAAGAAUAUUGAAACAAGAAUUCAUUCCUAUAAAAAAUGUAUUUUUUUUUUUUGCACUCAUAAUGAUAAUUUUUGAAAUAUAAUAUUCAAUAUAUGUAUAUAAAAGAUAAUAUUUUUAACCUAUUUAAACUGUACAGUUAAAAUAGUCGAAUUUUAUGUAAAAAUUAUACUAUUAUACUAUUUGUAAGAAUAAAAAAAAUAUAUUUUAUGUUAAAGCAGUGUGCAUGUAUAGAUAUAUGUAUAUUUAAUAUAUAUAUAUUUUAAUUAUUGUAAAAUAAAAAUGUUUGUAUGUAAAUA